AUGUCAUAUCCGAUGCCACCGACUUAUCCUGACUGCAGUAACGACCGAAAUACGCCGGUCGAGGCCCGUUCACCGGCCCAGCUCCGCUCCCUUGUCGUCAUUCUCCGUCUCCUGACCGACUUUAUCGACGCUCAUUGGGAAGCUGUGGAAUAUGGCGUCUCCGAGAUGAAACAGGUCGGCGUCGCCCCCGCGGCCGAGCCGUUCACAACCACCGACGACGACGAAACCAACGCGAGUCUCUACGCCGAGUCGGCUGACCAGUCUGGCGGCUACACCCCAUCGGACAAGGAGCGGUACUUUUCCACACGCCCUCCCAAAAUCAACCCCAACCUCGUCAAGCGCACGCUGGGGCUCAUCAUCACCAUCAAGCCCAAGAUCCAGAACAUUGACGAGUUGAUUAGCGCGAAAAACAUUCGAAACCCGUCGUUGCUAACCGAAAUCGAGUACAACUGUAACCGGGCAAUUCGGUUCCUCUGUGCCACAAACUGGGACGAGGUGUAUGCUCUGACACGUUCGAAACUGGCACUUCUCAAACUGCCAGGAGAGGACGACAAUACAGACUACGAGCUCACCGAGCUGGCCUCGCUGCUUUUUCUCGACCGCGACACGCUACUGCCCGUUCUCAAGGACUUUUGGAGUUUGAUCCCACACAUCCGGCGCCCCAAGUGCCAGCAACUGGCCCUCGGCUUUUUGCGCAAGUCCAUCAAACACUGGAUGGUGACACAUGCACGUGACUUGGCUCGGAUCGACGAGAUUGACCACCUCGCGUCCAUCGAGGCCCAGGGCUUCUUCAAUUACAUCUACACGCUUAGCAACCAGCAGAACCAAGGCAACAUGCGGCCCUCGACUUACAAGUUUCUGACCACCUUGAUACUACUGGUGCCCUCGUCGUUCCAAUCCUAUAACUACAAAAAGGGGUUGGAUAGCGGGACCACUGAGAUGGCGUUCCUGCGGCAUCUCAAAAAUAGCCUCAACUCAACUGGGAAGGCCUUCUCGAUAGCCGUCACGUGUGUGUCCGAGAUUGUGUCGUGUGCCCAGCUCAUCUGGCAGUACAAUCGAGAGUCGCCAGUGAUUUCCUUUGCACAAAAGGUGUACCCGGACCUUUACAAUGUGCUGUUUUCCAGCGGGCAUAAGAUUUCGUUUGUGCAAGACUUCGACGAUGUGCAGAGCGGGUUUGUGGCGUCGUACCUGCAUUUGAACCAGGGCGCCAUCUCUCGUGACGUGCUCCCCAUGAUCACCGCCAAGAAUGCGCACCCUCGGUACCUUCAAAAUGUCGUCCAUGGUAUUUCCAAGUCUUGUUCUGGAGUCCAUGGAUCGCCACUCGACACUCCUGCUUUCCAGGAUGCUUACGAGCAGCUCGUUCAGAUGGUGACCCAAAAGAGUAUCCGACAUGCUGUUCUGGAGACUUCACCAACUCCUACGCCUGACCAGGAGCGUGAGCGGCUCAGCCUGGCGUCUAUUCUUCGUGACUCGUUCACCUUUUUUGACCAGUCGUUUGAGUCGCACGAUCCAGGCCUCCAGCAGUCGUACCUCUUCCAGCAAGGCUCCAACAUUAUUCUUCCGAUUGUGAAUGCCAUGUUGAGCGAGGACCUGACGCUGUCACGUGACGCAUCCGCCUUUGCAUCCAAACUGCUGGACCCUCGGAACCUCGAGUCUACGCAGUCGGACGACGUGGUCAAAAUGUACCGCUCUAUUGGUAUGAUGAUCCGGGUACUAUGUGAGAAGAUUGUAAACCCGAACGUACGGGUCGAGUCGCUGACUCUCAUCAAGCGGCGCAUUCUCUUCUCUAAGCUGGAGGGCUACCUCGACGCUCGAUGCUACAUGGCCGAGCAGUACGAGUAUCUCAAGAGCGAGAACUCGGAAGGCAUCACGAUCGAGUCGCCUGAGUCUCGAUUGGCAACCUCUCGAGCCGCAGAGGUGGUCAUUCUCAUGGCACUGGCGUCUCCAGACAUGAAGCUCAAUGUAAUGGCGCUACGGUGUCUAUGCAUCGUUGUCAAGGAGACGUCUCUGACCGAAAACGUCAACUUUUUCCUGGCAAACCCGGACGCGACGAGUUUCACCAUUGCCAAGAACUUCACCGUCUACUCUGACCUCUGCCAGCAGAUUUACGCGCUCACUGGCCCUGCUGCACUCCAGAAACGGCUCAGAAAGUACCUCCAGCGAAUCGACUACCCUUCUGAGUCGAUUACGUCGGUUUGGAAAGAGAUUGAAAAGCGGUGGAGCCGGCUGAACACCAUUUUUGGCCAUCUUUCCGACGCAGAAAUCACCCGAGAUGGACUCAUCAACCAAUGGAGAAACUACUCGGGCUUUCUGGCAUCGCUGUCGGGCUGUUUUGUGCGAUCCACAAGCUCCCAGUUUGCAGACAACCCUGCCGUGCAAAUCAUCCGAGACCAUGUGUACGAGUUUCUGCAGACCAUGGUGGGAUUCAUGGUGUCACCGAGCGCCUUGAUCAGAGAGACUGCGUGUGAAGUACUGGCGAUUGAUGCGUCGCCCCUCGCCUACCAUCACGUGUUCUCCGAGCUCGACCAUCUCAUCAACGACCACGUGACGCGCAAAUCCGACAAUCUGCUGCUGCCCGAGCAGGUUGCAGCCUUUGUGAAGUCGGUGCUCUCCCGAGUCAAUGCCGAGGAAUUUUAUAUCAACGUUGAUCUUGGAGCACUGACGCUUCGUAUCGCCAAACACCUCGAGUCUUACUCGGACUCUGACAGUCACGUGAUCAAACUGAAGCUGCGGGUGUCCAUGUUAGCCCAGACAAUUGCCAAGCUGCAGGAGGGCUUGAAUAUUCGACACAAUGCCGUCUAUCGAACCUCCAUGGUGACAAUUCUGUCGCAAUGGUUCCGGUCGGUGGCUCUGGAAACUGUAGAGCCGUCUUCAGAGCACAUCAAGACGCCCACCACCCAUCUCCAUCGUCAGAAGAUUGACCUUGCGGUCGCUUCCAUCACCGCCAUGGCUCUUUCUCUGGAUUCUCUCGAGUUGGAAACAUCUGAAGAGUCCGUAGAAGCCGACGGGGGCGUAUCGUCUAAGAUUGCAGCCUUUGCGAUGCACUUCAACAUGCUGCUCAAGACGAUCGACAAGUUCUCGCCCGACCAUACAGUCUACAUGAGCCCUGGAGUAGCCUUUUCCAAGGACAAGGUGAGUGCGAUUCGCGAGAAGACAAUUCUGGCCCUGUCCAACUUGAUUUCUUCCAACGCUGACGUGGGACUCAAGUUUGCAUUGCCUCUGGGCUUGCACAAGGACACACGUCUUCGGCUGGCAUUCCUGGAGGUGUUCACCAAGAUGGUGGGCAGCAAGAUCCAGGUUCCGGAGGUGCUGUCUGACGAGCAGCAGUAUGAAAAAUUGGUGGCUUUUGUCAUGACUAACAUGGACAUUACGUAUCUCAUUUGUGAGGGAUGUCCGGGCACAGAGACUGAUAAUCUUAGUGAGCUUCUACUGGACUUGGCAGGUCCCAGAAGUCUGGAGCUGGUGCAGCAGGUGAUUUCUCGCGAGAUUCAGGCUGCCCCUAGUGCCCCAGAGGUGCUGAGACGGAACUGUGUGGCGACGAGAAUGCUCAGCAAGUACGCCAAAAGGGUGGGAGAGGGUUACCUGCGCGAGACUCUGCGAGGAGUGUUGUCACGUGACGUCUCUGACCUCUCUCGUGACGUGAGUGGCAUGUCUGUGACUGACUCGGCGAGUGUGGCAUCUAUGGGCUCUGUGGGCUCUCGUUUGUCAGCUGGAUCACGUGUUCCUGAUGAUAACUUCUCGCCUCGAGGGUCCGUCGACUCUGCACGUGACAUGAGUACCUCGUUCGGGCAGGCCAUUUCUCUGCUUGUGUCUUCAUUUCCCAAAACUCUCUCUCUCGUCCCCCCUCAACUGAAGUCUAUCUGUCACACUAUCUGGACGGUUUUUGAGGCCAGGUUCAAAUCUUCUCCUACCAGUGCAGUUGGUGCCUUCAUCUUUCUCCGAUUCUUUUGCCCUGCAAUUGUAUCACCAGAAAGUGAAGGUUUAGUCACUGCCAAGCUCACUGGUGAGACUCGGAAGGAAUGUCUGCAGCUCGCCAAGCUGCUCCAAAACAUGGCGAACGGCACGUGUGCCCGUGUGCAGAUGGACGGUAUUUCACGUGACUUCCUGGAUUCCCAGACGGGCAUUGUGAGCGGCUUUCUGCGUGACAUUUCAUCGUCACCGGGUGUCAUUCUCGCCCGCGACGAGACCCCUGACCCCGUUGUCUCAGCCGACCUGUACACCUCCCAGCUCGGGCUGCACAAGUUUCUGUACAACCACUGGGAAGACAUUUACCACCGGAUUGCGUUGGACAAGCGUUACAAGAAGCUGCUCCGGUCUCAUCUGCAAACCGAUCACGUGACUGACGACGACAGUGUAGCCCAGAAGAGUAAGAACCUGACUAUCCUGCUCAGCACCAUGAAGAAACCCAAGGCAUUCUACUCGGUGACUGCAGCCUCUGAUGAUGAGGCUCCUAUCCGGCAGUUCAUCCAUAAGAACAUGCACAGAGACGUCUCUGUGGCCACCCAAAAGUCCCAGGUGGUGCACAUGGCUGUGCGGAAGGACGGUAUUCCUGUGAUUGUGGUCAACUGCCGCAUGCAUGACCCCAACACCAUGGACACGGAGUACCUGCUUUAUCGAUUCUAUCAAGUGGCGCUCAAGCUGUGGGAGCAAAAGUUUGCUGUGGUUGUGGACGCCACGUUUUAUACCGACAAGAACUACUUUGACCACACCGUGUUCCGGUCAAUUGCCAAGAUGGCGCCUGCCAAGAUGCUCAGCAACUGCAUUGCUCUGUACUUUCUCAACUGCUCUGUAGGCUUUGGAGACAGAUUCAGACACACCAAGGAGGUGUUUCGAGCAGUGGAGUUUCUCAACCCCGACAAGAUCCCCUGGAGGUUCCUAGACCCCAGCAACAUUGAGGACACGUUCGACAUUACCUCCUUGUCGCUGUUGCCGUACACCGUAGCGCAGCUCAAGGAGGGAGGGUACGAAUACCGUGUGCGGCAAGUGAUGCCUGCAGGCAUGGAGGGCGCCGAGAGCCAGCUAGUGGUGACUGUGCCUGGCCAGCCCCCAUUCCGCAACGUUGAUUUCAAGGUCGGCGAGGAUUUCAUCCGGAUUAUGGCUGCCGACCUUGCGUACCCUUUCCCCGAUGCCCCCUUGAGAACGGUGGACAGUAUUCUGAUCUCUACAGUGUCCGUCGUCAUUGAGACCGAGGAAGGCUUCGUCGUCGUAUACAGCGGUGGCGAGCUGCGGUUCCUAUCUCCUCGAAAGAGCGAGAUCGUGAGAACUAUCAACGAAGUCCGCGCUAGAGAACAUGUUGCCGCAGAGCCUGAAACAGACUUCAACAAGUUGAUUGUCCGACCGGAGGAUGUCAUCCCAGCUCUGCUGAACAUUGGUCUGCGAUCGCUGGUGUCUGACGACAACAGCAUUCGAACAACGGCCUACCGUCUUCUGUGUCUCCUUCAAUCGUCGUUUGCCCUCGAUUUUGGUCAGAAUCUCAUGCCAUGCGAAGGUCUUGGAGUUCCUCAUCUCUCGCUGCAACUGGCAGCGUUCUUAUCCGAGGAAAUCUCCAUCACCCGUCCGGAAAUGACGUAUGACUUUCUGAGCGACUUUUUCACGGCGUUUGAGUCCGUGUCCGACUCAAAGCGCCAGGAGGUGAUUGCGUACGCGAGCCCCUGGAUCAGAAAUAUCUACGAGUACGUGUUUCUGACCGAGCACAAUGGCUACGAGAAGACGGCGCGUCUCAUUGGCCAGUUCUGCGACAUCACAUACCGCAACCCGUCCAACUACCAUUGUUUUGUGCACCAGGUCUGGAAGGUGCUGUGCUCAGAGGACGAGCUGGCUGGAGUGCUCGUUAGCGAGAUUGUGUCUCGUGUUACCUUUUGGCAGGGCCAGGGCCACUCGGCUGACAAGAGCAAGAUUGAAAACAUGGUUUCACUAUUGACCACGUUCCCGUCAAUCUCGCUGUGUGGCAGGAUUGUCGUGGCCACACGUGCCAUUGCCGAGGUGGCUCUGUCAGCAUCACAUAAGAAGCUGUCCAAGCAUCCCAACUGGGACGAGCUGGGUAUUCUUCUGCGAGUGUGCCGGGAAAUUUUCUUUAACGCUCCCAUGCUUGCCACUGAGUAUCUGGCCGACGUGUGUUUCAUCGUUUCCAUCUUCGUUGACUCAGGCUCGCUGCAAUUCCGCCAGUCACUGUACCAUCUCAUGGUGAACACGGCGCACUCGUUCGGUGAGAGCCCCAAGCUGCAGGCGCUGCUGAGUCAGAUCAACGAGCCCAAGACGCGUCUGCUGUUUGGCCUGCACGCCGACAACUACUCGGCGUCGUCAUCCACGGACAUGGAUAACUCUAUCGUUGCCAACGUCGACUAUCUCGAGUCAUGCUGCUCGAUUCUGCUCGAUCUGUUGGAUACGGUUGGCGACAAGGACCAGGCGAAUAUGUGGCGAACGCGGUGGAUAACCUUUGUCGCCCGUGCAGCCUUCAACGACUCGCCGGCUGUCCAGGGCCGGGCCCUGGUUUUGCUGGGAUGUCUGGCCAAGACGGAGGUUGAGGACGACAUGGUGAGACGAGUGGUGGAGCUGUUGGUAAAGCAGAUGACCAUCGAGGAUCCAGAGCUGGCCAGAGACAUGGCCGUGUGUGCCAUCUCGUGUCUCACCAAGAUGGUCAGCGGCCUCGACCCUCGCUCAUCCAUCUAUGUGGACCGGCUCUUCUGGAUCGCCAUUGCCUGUGUGCGAUCCAGCGAGACCACUGAGGUGUUCAACGCUGCCAUGGGUCUGUUGGAUGCUGUUGUCAAGAGCUUGGACAAAUAUGGUGACUUUCUGAACGGCUCUCUGGCUGAUCUGCUCAUGCCGGCGAUCGAGAAUGACACCUCGUGGGCCGAGUUUGACGCGCUAUGUGGCAUCAAGAUGAGCCGCGAGUUCUUUGAGACCGCCGUGUGUGCCACGAUUCUGCGAGGCAUGCAGAAGAGUGUGACACGGCCGAGAACGCUGACAGUGCUCGAGACUCUACUCGAGGUGUCUGCCAAAACGUACGCCAAGACGCCGCGGUCCGAGUUUGACUUCCAGGACGACGAUUACAUGGCCACUACGCCGCCGCACUUGUGCUACCUCUUCUUCUUGCAUCUGUGUUCGCGAUCUCGAUCCAAGUUGCGGUCGUACUACUGGUUGGCUGGAUACAGCGACACUGAACCGACCAUGACGUCGUACAAAUGCCCCGAUGCGCUGUGGACGUACAUUCGGUCCCCACACCCGUCCACAGUAUUCGUUCUGGCUCUUGGAGCUCAGUUGUUCAAGACCUGUGAGGACGACGAGGUGAUGGAGAUGCGGUACCUUGGUGUGUUGAGUACCGCCGCCUCAGAUGCGCCCACGAAGUUCAUCCAGGUGUACUCAGACGUGCGACCAAAGCUGGCGUCGCACUGCUCGGCCACGCUCAACGUGGCGCUGUUGACGGUGGUAACGGAGGUGGUGUGCAAGGUGUUUUCGAUUCCUGACAUUUCCGAGCAGGUGGCGCGAGGACGCGAGACGUUGGAGGCGGGCCUCCGGGAGGCCGAGCUGGAUUGCGUCACGGCAUGUGCGGAGUUCAAUCCCAAGGACAAGGAUUACCGCACUUUCCGUCACGUGGCGGCAAAGAGCGUCAAAUCGCUGCAACCCCACAAGUAUUAUUGA